AUGGAAGACCCGUGGAGUACGCCGUGGGCGAUAGACACCCCGUCCGCGUCGCCCGGGCUGCCGCCGAGCAAACCGCAGCCCGUGGCGACGACGCUGCCGCCACUGCUGGGGGGCGGCCUCCUCACGCCCGCCAAGGACGACGGUGGCGGCGACCUGCACAGCUUUGCCGACUCUCCAUGGGCCGGCGCGACGACGAAAGGCUUCGAUGCAUCGAGGGACAAUCACAACGAGGACGAUGGUGAUAAUGCAUGGGGCGGCUGGGACGAUGGCAAGCACAACGCCUGGACGGGCCCGAGCAACGACGGUCCGGCUGCGUUCAAAGAACCCUCGGGUGGAUUUUCGGCGCCUUGGGGGUUGGAGGAUCACAGACGGGAGGUUGGGCGAGAGGGCAUCACUGACUCGGCCAUCAGUUUUGGGGAGGGGGCGGGGCCCAAACUGGAUGCUCCCGUGAAUGAAGAUGCGAAGAAGAAUGCUGUUGCACUGUUGACAGACGAGCAAGAUGCUUGGACUUCAUCGCCGAACUACGACAAGACUCCUGUGCCGCCCAUUACUCAUGUUGCGACGGCCCCGGUGAAGGCGAAGGAGACAGAUACUGUCGAACGACCGACCAAAGAUGUCCGCCAGCAAGAGCUCGACAAGACACCCGAGCAAGGCUCACAAUCAGACUCAGAGACUCCACAGCAGAAGCCAUCCAAAGUGCAGGAGCUCGUUGACAUGUACGACGGUAUAGCAAAGAAGGCGGUUCGGCCACCCACAAACGCAAGCCCCCAAGAUACAAAGCCAACCACUUCUGCUGAGCUAUCGAAGGAGGACCUCACCACUCAGGAUUGCGUCACUGAUGAGGCCUUUGAUGUUGAGAGAGAUCCAAGUUCUGACCGAAAUGAAGAAGGUGUGGUCACCAGUCCAAGGGAACAAGCAUCGAGCACGAAAGGCCUCGCCAUAGCAGAUGAAGAUCCAAUAUUAAAGGGCGAUACAGUCGACGAAGAUAAACAGUCGACGGCGAUGCAAUCCACAGCAAAUACCAACAGCAAUGCUGAUGCCAGCUCUCACUCAACAGAAAACAAUUUACCAAGGUCCGACAUCUUGAAAUCCAAAACCAAACCACCACCAUACCCCAUCGACCUAUCCCAUCUUGACGCUCUGUUCCCCGGCUGCCCACCCUCCACCGCACGUCCUGAGCCUGUCCCGGACGUGAUUAUUGACGGUUCGUGCACAACGACCUCUGAGCGCAAGACCUGGUAUCGCAUCUCCCGGUUCGGUUCCGCGCGCAAGCACGACAGCGGCGGUGCCGACGACGACAGCUACCGGCGCAUCACAUGGGCCACGUCCGAAGUGCGCACCAAGACGUUGCACAUUGUGCGCCGCUGGAUGGAGGAAGACUCGAUCGCCGGCCGCGUCAUCCUCGGCGGUGGCGGUGGUCGCAAGGGUGGUCCGCUGGGCGCCAGCAUGUUCAACUGGGACUCAAACGAGCCUGAGGUCGAGAUCGGCGAGCUGCUGCGGCAGCGCGCACAACGUGGCGGCGGUGGCAGGCACGCGAGGAAUCGCAGCGUGCAGCCAACCGACACCGCGCCGCAGAGCCCGACGACAAUGGAGGUGUUGGACGGCGGAUGGGGUGGCGCAAAUUUGAGCAUGCCAGCCACGCCGUCUGUUGCUACGCAGUCGCCAAGAUGGACGGAGGGGAGAGCGGAAGCGGCAUUGCGGCCACCGGUAGACUCACCAGCCGAUAUACCGAGGUCGCCAUGGGAUGAUGACGAGCAGGACGGCCCAAGCAAGCAAAGAGUGUCAACAGAAAUCAUGCCGCCACCGCCAGUGCCGACAAGCGGUGAUACCGUAACAGCUGAGAGCAACAGCGCUUCAGCAAAGCCGGAACCAGAACCUAUCAAGGCAGACGAGGACGACGACGGUGAUGUGUGGGGUGAAAUGGUAUCGUCGCCAACUGUCGACUCGAGCGCUGGCUUUGCGUCCUUAUCCGCGUCAGCGGAUAUUGGACCGAUGCCACCGAGGCAGUCGUUCGAGGGAAACUUCAGCAGCUUAGACUUUUUCGAGUCCUCGACGCUAAAGUCAUCGCGGGCGAACCCGCCGCCGCCUAUCCGCACCGUUGCUUAUGAGCUCACCGGCCCUAGAACCGAUGCGCGCAUCCAUGGACAGUACACGGAUCAAGUCGGUGGUCGGUACGCCAACCCUCGCGAGUGCGCCUGCUCUGGAACCGCCGCGCGCUUCGAUGAAUUCUAA